GUACUUCCGGGUUAGAUUACACGUAGCGUCACUGCUGCAUCAUAGAGCUGAAGCCAUAGAAAGAAGAUCGCUCCAAACAACUUUUACAGACGUGUUGUAUUUACCUACGAUCACUGUUCACCCGUGUUUGUAGAUUUGUUUAUUUUUUUCGAGUAUAAUGGAGCUAGAGUAUCGUGUGCAGCUGUGUUUGGCCUCAUACAUGGGCUAAGCUAUGUAAUCAAGCUAAUAUUGACAACAAUAGUUAGCAAAUGCGUGUGUUGUUUACGUUUCUUUCCACGAUGUACACUUUGUUAUCUGGAUUAUAUAAGUACAUGUUCCAAAAGGACGAAUAUUGCAUUUUGAUCCUGGGACUGGACAACGCUGGGAAAACGACCUUUCUGGAACAAACCAAAACAAAAUUCAGUAAGAACUAUAAGGGGAUGAAUUUAUCAAAGAUCACAACCACGGUUGGCCUGAACAUCGGUACCAUCGAUGUGGGCAAGGCUCGUCUAAUGUUCUGGGAUCUGGGAGGUCAGGAGGAGCUCCAGUCUCUGUGGGACAAAUAUUAUGCUGAGUCCCACGGAGUCAUCUAUGUGAUCGAUUCAACUGAUGAAGAGCGGUUGUCAGAAUCAAAGGAGGCCUUUGAGAAAAUGAUCAGCAGUGAGGCGUUAGAAGGCGUCCCUCUCCUUGUGCUGGCCAACAAGCAGGAUGUUCCGAACUGUUUGACAGUGCCGGACAUUAAAACAGCCUUCAGUGACUCAGCCCCAAAGAUCGGCAGGAGAGAUUGUUUAGUCCAGCCGUGUACUGCCCUCACAGGGGAUGGAGUGAACGAGGGCAUUGAGUGGAUGGUGAAGUGUGUGGUCAGAAACAUUCACAGGCCACCCAGACAGAAGGACAUCACAUAAGAAACCAGGAUCACUCUGAUACUUCUUUUGGACUGUGAGUUUCUUCUUGAGGACAUUCCGUGUAAACCCUGGAGCUUGUAACUCUCCUCUCUCCUCGUGUUUGCUGUGACCUUGAACAGUUUGGAUUUCUACUUUAAGGAGUUCAUUACAGACAAGACGUGACAGUAUUUUUAUCAUCAAGGAUAAUUUCAGAUGUGCUUUGAUUGGACAACUCUCUGUUCUGCUCCUUCCACCUUUUUUAAGCGGUGUUAUGAUCCCUUCUGCUUCGUGUGUGAGCAGCAGCGGCGGCGGCGGCCUCUGAUGCUCGCUGUGUCUGCAUGGAGCUUCGCUGACAUCACAGACACAGUUUGACUAAGUUCCGAUACGACAGUGUGAACAGCGCACGUAAUCUGACCUUUUCAGUUCUGAUUUGGCCCACUUUCAGUUGUGGUCCUAAAUCAGGCUCGUAUCCGAUUCCUGCUGAUGUGACGGCUGUGUGAACAGUCAGAU